AUGAUCUUCUGGAGUAGAUGCCGGUUGAAUUUUGAGUCAGAGCGAGCCGAUCGCGCCGAUAUGGAGCUCAAUAUUCGCGGGAAGAACGCUGUGCUUGCUCGUAGUCGUUGGAGAAACUGCAAGACGACUCGAGCGCUGAUGGUCGUUGGUGAUAUGCCGCAGAAUUGUGCAUCUGAAGGAAAGUACAGCAGUGAGGGUGGGGCUAAGACUCGAUAUGGAUGGAAAAGUGGGUCGUCACAUGAAGAUUAA